AUCGCCUGACAAGUUGAUGCCAGAGUAUCGAGCAAAUCCGCUAGAACUUCAGAUUGUUGACAUCACAAAAUGGCCGUUCAAAAGCAAAGUACGCCUUCCUUUGCUUUAAUAACUUCUGUUCUGUCAAUUGUGUUUUACUGUGUUGGGUUUAUAAGAUUGGAGGUGGAGCUAAACGAGCAGAAGAACAGAAUAAAUGCGCUUGAAAGCGUUGUGAAUGCCAUCCCGCCGUCAGAUCUGCCGAACGACCCAAACAUUGAACUACCCAAGAAUUCUCUAGAAAGUCAAAAACUCCCUAUAAUCAGGCGUCAGGUUGACUCAACUAAGAACGCAACGGAAACGAAAAGCAACGCGGAAACCACCAUCAAAACCAGUCAGCGUCUUUUAUCAGAAUGGAGAGCACAUCUGUGUCAAUCGAAGAGUGUGACGUGCUCAUCAGGUCCCCCAGGCCCUCCUGGUCCACCUGGGACAAAAGGAGCUCGGGGAGAAAGGGGAAAGAAAGGAAGGACUGGAAACAAGGGAGAUCAAGGCAUUAUGGGAUUGCCAGGAAAGAGCGGCAAGCAAGGCAUUAUGGGGCCUGUGGGGUUAAAGGGAGAGCCUGGAACCAAGGGUGAGAAAGGAGAAAUAGGACCCGCAGGCAUGCCGGGAAUGAAAGGCGAACCCGGCGAAUCAAUAUCAUCUCCUACUGUUGUUGUUUUUCCUGAGAUGUUGACAGUGAACGAAGGUGGAUCAGCCUCGUUUCAGUGUUCAGCCACCGGUAACCCUGAGCCUGCAGUAGGGUGGAGUAAACUUGAAAAUCGGUCAGAAAUCAUUCAGUCAGCGGUUUCAGGAGGAAAGUUGGAGUUAAAGAAGGUGACCGGAAAUGACUCAGGCGUGUAUGAGUGUUCAGCAACAAACAUCCUGGGGGAUUCAAGGAAAGUGGUGCGAUUAACAGUAAAUGUUCAUCCUAGUGUUGCUCUUCAUCCGGGACCUCACUACAUCGCUGAAGGAAGUAAUUUCAGUCUUCCAGCUUGUCACGUGACUGGCGACCCAGCCCCAUUUGUCACCUGGAGGAAAUCAUCGGGUCAGUUACCCAAGGGGAGGGUGCAGUAUAACAACAGUGCUUUACAGAUCGCAGAUGUCCGUAAAAGCGACUCUGAUACGUAUUUCUGCUCAGCUGUCAAUUUGGCAGGACGUGAUGAAAGAAAAACUCUUUUGGUCGUUGUUCCUCCUCCUCGCUUCACUUUAAAACCGUCUGUGAAGGUUUUUGCCUCUCUUGGCAGCAGUUUGACGCUGAAAUGUAGCGCCACCGGUGAUCCACAACCUGUCAUCAGCUGGAAAAGACAAGGAGCGCAAUUGCCAGUUGGGAGGAGUCGCGUGUCAAAAGACGCGCUGAUCAUUAACAGUGUAAAGCUGGAGGAUGCUGGGAACUACACCUGCGUGGUUACAAGUGCAGGAGUGUCCAGCAUUGAGCAUAGAAGUCGAGUAGUGAUAAAGAAAGGUUAGUUUAGUUGUACGAGAAUAUUUGAAGAAAAUACUUC